AUGACAACGAUCUCAACCGCCGUCGACGCCUCCGGCGGCGUCACCGACUCCGCAGAGAAGGGCUUCGGAAGCGACGUCGACCGUACCGAGUCGAACAUCGGCACCACAGCAAUGGAGUCCAUCGAUCCCGCCGCGGAGAAGAAGCUCCUCUUCAAGCUCGACGCAGCUUUCGUCCCGAUCAUCAUGUUGCUCUACCUCACCUGCUUCCUCGACCGAAGCAACAUCGGCAACGUCAAGGUCGCCGGCAUGCCCGAGGACAUCGGCGCCUCGACGCAGGAGUUCUCGACCGCCAUCUCCAUCUUCUACGCGACCUACGUCAUCUUCGAGCCUCCCUGGACCAUCAUGAUGAAGAAGCUGACGCCACGGCUCCUGCUCACGAGCCUGUGCAUCGUCUGGUCGCUGGCCACCAUCUUCUCAGGCUUCAUCACCAACAUCGGCGGGCUGUACGCCGUGAGGCUGAUCCUGGGCGCGUGCGAGGCGGGUUUGUUCCCCACCCUCAACUUGUACCUCACGAUGGUGUACAAGCGCGAGGAGCAGGCGAAGAGGGUGUCGUACCUGUUCGUCUGCUCUGCUAUUGCGGGCGCUUUCGGCGGACUGCUGGCGUACUCCCUUCUGAAGAUGGACGGCGUCGGCGGCUAUGCGGGCUGGAGAUGGGUUUUCAUCAUUGAAGGCAUCUUCAGUAUCCUCAUCGCCCCCAUCGUCUGGUGGGGGUUGCCGAAUGACCCUGGCCAGGCUUACUUCCUUACUGACGAGGAGAAGCGGAUGAUGAAGGUGCGCGCGGCUCAGCGCGCCGCGUACAUGGGAAGCGAGGAGUUUAGUUGGGAGGAGAUCAAGAUCGCGGCGCUUGACCCGAAGCUGUACCUCAGUGGCCUUAUCCAAUUCUGCCAGGACAUCCUCCUCUACGGCUUCAGCACCUUCCUCCCCUCCAUCAUCGUCAGCAUGGGCUACACCAGCAUCGAGGCGCAGUACCUCAGCAUCCCGGUCUACAUCUUCGGCGGCCUGGCGUUCCUCUCGGUGGCCUACCUCUCCGACCGGCUCUGCAUCCGCGGCCCCUUCGUCUUCUUGGCCAACAUCCCCGGCAUCGUCGGCUACAUCCUCAUCAUCUGCCCGACGAGCAACGGCAUCAAGUUCUUCGGCACGUUCCUGUGCGCGGUGGCGGUCUACAACGGCCCGGGUCUCAACCUGACCUGGCUCAACGUCAACAUGGCCCCGCACUACCGCCGCGCGACGGCCAUCGGCAUGCAGCAGGCCAUCGGCAACUCGGCGGGCAUCGUGGCGGGACAGAUCUACCGCACGGCGCCGUACCUGCUAGGCAACGGCUUCUCGGUCGGCGCGCUGGGUGCGUCGCAGGUGCUGAUUGUUGCCAAGUGGUUGUACAUUCGUCACCUUAACAAGGUGAAAGCGAGGAUUGCGAGUGGGGAGAUCGAGGACACGCGCAAGGUCCAGACUGGUGAUCGGGCAGUGGACUUCAAAUACCAUUUGUAA